AUGGCCUCUCCAGCCCGCCACCAGACCUCUCCUCCUACGUCGCCUCUCUCCUCCCUCUCCCACACGCCCUCGCCCUCGUCGCCAUCUUCACCUCUCUCCAUACUGUCUAAGUCGCCCUCGCUGUCUCCGGCCGCAUCCGCGACCGCGACCGCGACCGCGACCGCCAACAUGGACGUCACCACAAGAUACCCAUCCCCUAGCUCUACCGCCACCCAGUCAGGCAGCGCCUCGCCUCUCAAGCUUCCAGACAACCACGAGAUUCGGGUCCGCACCGACGGCGCACCGCCUCCCCCCAAGAGGCGCAGGCUCGCAGCCCCUAAGCCCCGGACCACCGAGCAUCUAGACCUCGACAACCGCGACGACGCUGCCGAGGCUCACCUUGAGCGCUUGCUCAACACCUUGCGGCGCAAGAAGAAGAUCGUGGUCAUCGCCGGAGCCGGCAUCUCCGUCUCAGCCGGAAUACCCGAUUUCCGUUCCAGGGAGGGCCUCUUCAAGACCCUCGGUGACAAGCACAAGAUCAAGGGUGGCGGCAAAUCCCUCUUCGAUGCCUCGGUCUACAAGGACGACAAGUCUACGGAAGAAUUUCAUAAGAUGGUUCGCGAGCUGUCAAGCCUGACAAAAGAGGCCAAAUCCACACCGUUUCACCAUAUGCUAGCAACAAUCGCCCAAGAGGGCCGCCUGAUGCGGCUGUACUCUCAAAAUGUCGACUGUCUCGACACAUCCCUAAAACCUCUGGCGACCAACAUACCCCUGAACACCAAGGCUCCGUGGCCGGUCACGAUACAACUCCAUGGUGGACUCGAGAAGAUGCAGUGCACCAAGUGUAGCCACGUGAAUGGCUUCGACGGCUCACUAUUUCAGGGGCCUGAGCCUCCUCUGUGUGACGAGUGCAAGGAGGCCGACUUUGUGCGAACCGAGUUUGGAGGGAAGCGAAGCCACGGAAUCGGGCGUCUCAGACCACGAAUGGUCCUCUAUAACGAGUACAACCCAGAUGAGGAUGCUAUUGGCAAAGUCUCCCAAGCUGACCUCCGACGGGUCCCCGACGCCGUGAUCGUUGUGGGCACAUCUCUCAAGGUACCUGGCGUCAGAAGGAUCGUCAGGGAGCUGUGCCUGGCGACCCGCUCAAAGCGAGAUGGGUUCACGGCCUGGAUCAACCUGGACCCAGUGCCCCAAGCCCCGGACAUGAAGGACCUGUGGGAUCUCGUGGUCCGCGGGAAAUGCGACGACAUCGCCGGUCUCCUAAACCUGCCCCAUUGGGAUUGUGAUAUGGAAGAUAUCGGCAAGAAGGAAGAGUACAUGGUCUCCGGAUCGGCUGAAAAAGAGGUUGAGUACAAAGAACGGUGCAACCGCGAUAGGAUCGACGUGUUGUUGGCCAACAAGAAACGCUCUUUUGAUCAGUCAAGCGAUACGGAAUCCAGACCAGGCGACGUACCCGAUAUCAAGUCCAUACUCGUGGAUAAGAUUCAAGAUGCACUACCAACACCGAGUGCAAGUCCCAGGCAGGGGACGCCACAACCUCGCAAACCACUACCAAAGGGCAAGGUCAAGCAGAGCACGCUCAGCUUUGGUGGCCAAACCGUCGCUGCUGAGAGCGAAGGCAAGCCAUCGAAAGCCACGAAACCGAGGAAGCCCCGACAACCCAAGAAGGCCAAAGAUGCGAAGCCCAGUAAUGGAAUCACCCAAGCAUUCAAGGCUACCAAGACUGUCACAAAGGUUGGAAGGCCAAGCAAGGCGCUCGCGAAGCAAAUCAAGAGCGAGUCGCCUUCCCCAAGAAUGUCAUCACCACUGGGCAACAAGGGAAAUCUGCCUAACGCUCUCCCGUCCCUGCGGCCAGAGGGUCAGGACCACGGGAAGCUUCCCUACCUCAAUGUCGGAGCCUCGUCGAGUGAGCUGAGUUUUGUCAGUGCCAUAAGCGACCUGGAGGGCAACAAAUCGGUCAUCUCGAACUCGAAGCCGCGUGGAAUGGAGAACCUGAUGGAUUAG